CGAUCAAUAACCGGGGCGGCUUGUUGUCGGACGGCUAGCGGCUCCGACGUCUCGCUGAUUGCGAGCAAAAUUGUUCUGCUCUUCACGCUUCCCGUGUUCUCAAGUCGACCACGCUUUCCCUGCCGUUUGUCGACGCGCAGCUACGAAACAGUAGCACAGCAUAGGCGGCAUGCAACGCCGUCAAAGGCAGGCCCACGCCAUUCGCGCUCGUCGCCCGCCAUCCAGCUGUACGCACCCGUCUCUACCAAUGGCAAAUCCCGCAUAUCCCGGCUCGUCGAAGCCAUCGCCAGACGACCAAUCGGCUGCCUCACGCCCUCGAUCGAUGCGACUCUCACACCCGCUCGAAAGCCGCACCCUUCGCAUAGCAUACUGCCAUAG